AUGUCUCGAUCCUUCUCAACCACCUUUCGCGCAUUUCUCGAUAUUUUCUGGAAGAACACCGCAGCGAUUCCAGAGUAUGAUGCCAAGAUCAAGCGCUCGAUCGAAACACACCCAAAACUCAGUCAGUGGGCGAAAAGAGUUGAAGUUGCGGGCGGCGAACAUGAUUCUACCGAAGACCCUGACAUGCGCGUGUCAGGGCAAAUUUUCAACAAGGAGGGGGCGCGGAUCACGUCGGGACACUGGUACAAAGAUGGGCGAGUGGUCUACUCGAAGAAAUCCUUUAACAACUGA